UAUCUAUCUAUCUAUAGGACUGUAAAGGUAUAAGGUCUACCUGGAGCCCACUCAGUCACCUGGCUCCACAGGUGCCGGUACAUACACACACUUUAUACGCCAGGAGUUUUUAUCCACAAUACACGGUAUAUAACCUUUAUGUACAUAUAAACUAGUGUACAUAUCUUAUCUAUAUUUGUGAUUGCAGAACCAAGAAUGUAAACCGCAGUUUAAGUAUCAGUAGCUAUGUGGUGGUGAAAGUGAAAAUACGAUUUUUUGUGAAUACAUUCAGAGAGAGAUACUUAAAAUCUUGGAAUCCAUUCUCGACACUGUGAUAAAACUUGGUGAAGAAUGGGGUCCAGAAAGUAUCUGGUUCUGUUCCAUUCUGUCUCCUGCGGUCAGAACGGUCCCAACCUAGGGGCAGACGAACAGGAUAUUGUCCUCAUAGUUUAUCUUAUUCUAGAUAUUACUAAUAACAAGAUUUUGACUGUUAAGAAGUUCCCAGUUCGACCCACAGGGCUGGAUAUAAAUGAAAAUAUAUUGUCAGAGGAGGUUCGAACCGAGUAUCAGAUCACAGAUUAUGAUAUCAAGUCUGCUGGUAGUUUGAGUAGUGUGAUCAAGGAUCUAGAUUCCUCCUGGAGAGAUCAAGUUCCAGGUAGCUUCACGCUAGUCACAGACGGUCAACUUCAUCUCAGGCAAACUCUCUUCCCAGAAGCUUACAGGAAGAACAUCACCCUCCCGGCCUAUUACCAGAAAUUUCACGAUCUCAGAAAAGAAUUUCAGUCUGUAGUCCCAUCUUCAACAGCACAGGAAAAUCUGACAGUUGAGGAGAUGGUUGGACUUCUUGGUCUUACUUCUAAUUCAUACCCUGAUCUUGCUCUACGCACUGUGAACAACAUGGCUCGAAUACUGCAGAAGUUUAUCGCUGAGGGUCGGCAGCUACAUGAGCCGGAAACCGUGCAGGUCAACCUACUCCAGGGAAUCAGAACUAAAAAUGAACAGGUUGACCCUAACUGUGUUGUACGAGCACGAGGUUUACCUUGGCAAGCAUCAGAUACAGAUAUUGCCAGGUUCUUCAUAGGUCUAAAUGUGGCACCAGGAGGUGUAGCGCUGUGUUUAUCUGCUCAGGGAAGAAGAAAUGGGGAAGCUCUUGUGCUCUUCGAGUCAUCAGCCCACAGGGACAUGGCACUUAGGAGACACAAGCAUCAUAUUGGGAACCGGUAUAUUGAGGUGUACAAGGCGAGUGGAGAGGAUUUCAUUGAAAUUGCUGGAGGUAACAAUACCGAGGCUCAAGAGUUCCUAAGUCGGGGAGGUCAGGUUAUAAUCAGGAUGAGAGGUCUACCUUACGACUGCACUACCAAACAAGUGAUUGAAUUUUUCGACGGUGGUGAAGACCCCUGCAGUGUACUGGAUAAGGACCAUGGUGUACUAUUCGUUAAGAAACCUGAUGGAAGGGCUACUGGAGAUGCAUUCGUUCUUUUUAAUGAGGAGGGAGACGGUGAGAAGGCGUUGUCCAAGCACAAGGAAUUGAUUGGUUCAAGGUAUAUCGAACUCUUCAGAUCUACCACAGCUGAAGUGCAGCAGGUUUUAAAUAGAUCAAUAGAUCCUAUUGGAGGUAAAAGUUCAACACCUCUACUCCCUAUAUCCAACUCCCACUCCCCCUCCCCUCUACUCCCUGGACUCCCUCCGCAACCUAUGCCAGUCAUUCCCCAGCAGAUGAUUACCACCGGAACCAAAAAGGACUGUAUCCGACUCCGUGGAUUACCCUAUGAAGCACAGGUUGAGCAUAUCCUGGAGUUUCUGGGUGAAUACGCCAGGAAUAUUAUAGUUCAAGGGGUUCACAUGGUAUUUAACGCUCAGGGGCAGCCGAGUGGAGAAGCGUUUAUUCAGAUGGAUUGCGAGAACAGCUCUCACAGCGCCGCCACGAACCGACACAACAGAUACAUGGUCAUUGGGAAGAAGCAGCGCUACAUUGAGGUUCUACAGUGCAGCGGCGAGGACAUGUCAAUGGUUCUAACCGGCGGCCUCGCUGCGCCAACCUCGCCUGCUAAACCUCCUCUUCUAUCUCCGGGUAUGUUACAAAUUCCUAUGCCUGCCCACCUCCCUCCUAUUUCUAGUGAGCAACUACAACUGAGUUCCCUCCUCUACCCGCCUAAUAUGCUCUUCAAUGGACUCCUCCCCCCUCCAACCCAAGCUCCACAAAUCCAAGGUUGGGAGCAGUUCCUACUCCCACAGCUCCAACAACAGCAAAGCCAGUAUUUUAUGGUACCUGGAGCUGGUCUUCAGCGUCUAGUUACUCCGUCCUACCAGUUUCAACCCCAGUAUAUCCUUCCACCUCCUUCCUUCGGUGCAUCUAGGCCUUCCUUCCCUCCAUCCUUCUCCCUCUCCCUUCCUCCUCCUCCUACAGUCCAACAUACUGCCAAGAGAACCCAUGAUCAGGCAUUCCAAUCCCAGGUUGACCCUCUUCCGGCUAAACGUCCUCCGGUCAUGUAUACACCAACCUCCACGGGACCUGGAGCCAUUGGUCUUUUACCAAACCCAACCCAUCCUCCUUUACCCUAUACUCAGUUGUAGUUUGCUCAAUUCCCCAGGGAGAAUAUAGUUACCCCUUGCUUGGACACAUCUUUCUGUAGUUUUUAAUAUUAUUUUGUUUGUGAAUCUUCCAUUCAUGUAACCAAGUGCAAUUAUUAAAAUAGUGAAAUAUUGUAAAUUUACAAUUUUAGAAUUGCUUUGUGGUUUUAAAUACGUGCAUUUAUUUAAACUUUAGAAAGUGCCUUAGCAACUUUAUUAACAUAUGAAAUAAGCGUAAACAAAAUUUGCAUUUUUCUCCACACUUUGUGUUGGUUAAACAGUUAGGUAAUUUAUAAAUAAGAAUCACACGCAUUCAAUAUAUAUAUAUAUACAGUUUAUACACGCCUACGCAUUGGGUUGGAUAACCAUGGAUGUAUAUUCACUGGUUGCAUGCCUUGCUAGGGAGCAAGUCCAUAGUUGGGGAAGGGUUAGUAAUAUGGCCGAUUUCUCCCCCCCCCCCCGGCCCCCCAAACAUAGGGUCUAAACACAUUCCGCUCAAUACGAGUACACUUAUCAUACUUUAAAUUUUCGUCACAAACUAGUGUUUAAAUUUUUUACAUUUUUGUAUUUUUUACCGUAUUUUCAUAAUAGUGUUUUUUGUUAAAAGUUUUGUCCAAACCAAAUAUUGGCUUGAAUUUUGUCCUAUAAAAAUCACAAAUCAAAUGGUAUUAUUUUUGUGUACUGUACAGAGUACACUGGAGUCGGUACAUACUAUAGUUGCAAGAUUUGGUUUGGAUUUCUCUUUUAAUCAGCUGUUUUUAUCCCAUGUAUUGGAUACUUAAUGUAUCAUGGAUGAUUAUAUUUGUUGCUGCCCUGCAUAUCUGUAUUUAGUCCUGCCAGGCAUUAAUGUUAGAUUAUUUUGGAAUUAUAAAUAAUCUAAUCUAACAUUUUUAUUUUGGCAAUAUAUAAUUUUUCACAUAAAAAAGUGGUUAAACGAUUAUAUUAUUAAUAACACGCUAGUUUUAACUAAUUAUUGAACAUAAAUUUGUCUUAAACAUAUCAGGAUAUAUUACUAACACUUGAAUGUAGGUUUAUUUUCUUAGUUUAAAAUAUGGUGGAUUUUUUUAUAUUUUUUAUACUUUUAUACAUGUCUAGGUGGGUGGGUGUGGUUAUGGUUCGAGAAUUUGAUAUUGUUGAUCAUCAUUUAGAAAUCAACUUUUCCAUCCGACAAUCAAACUUUUUUUCUUUGUUUAAUAUUGAUCCAUUAGUAUUAUUUUCAUGAAACUGUCUGCUCUUUUUUCAAAGAUUUAACUAUUAAAUUGGUCCCAGUUCUAAUGAAUAUGAUAAUGAGUAAAGUCUAAAUUGGCUUGAUCGAGAACUUAAAACUGAAGCUUUUGUGGCUUUUUCGUUAAAAAAUUGACUUAAGAUGGUUUUCAAAUUGGACUUUUUGCGGUCUCAAUUAUUUUUUUUAACUAAAAACUUUUCUUAAAUUUUGUUUUGUUGCGCAUGUUUAGUUUUUAACACCCAGUAUUAUUUUAUAUUAUUAUCAUGGUGUGAAGUUCAUUUCAAAAUUAAUUUAAUAUUUUGCAACUUGAAAUGGUAAAUGGACAGUUUUAUGGAAAAAUACUGCAUUCCAUUAGAAGGAUCAUAGUUUUUAUAAAUUAUAAAUACAACAAAUUUUAAAAUUAAAACAAUAUCCAACUAGUUUUAAAAACAAUUGAGUGGAAACUAUAAAUGCUCAAACGCAUUAAUUUCUCCUUAUUUUUCGAUUCGCAAAACGGAUUUUUUUAUCUAAAAAAUCCCCUUUUUAAAUUUUUUUCGCAUUUAAUACCCAAACUGGCCACGCCCACACAGCAAAUCCCUUUUGAGAUUCACCUUAUUUUUACACUAAGGAACACUGGGCCUGAAUACCAGUAAAAUUUGUUCCUUUUCUAAAUGUAUUGUUCCAGUUUAUGAAAAUAUAUAUUUAAACUAAAA